AUGCGACACGCGAUUAGUGUGCGGAUCAUCUGUGGAGUUUUUCUUGUUUUAACUCCACUACAGUUUACUUUUUAUAGUUUWUUCAGAGGUUAUUGCAACUUGGAACAGUCGCAAAGUCGUUUCACAUCCUCAACAAGCAAACCACCAAUCAUUAGAGCAAAAAGAAUCGUUUACCUCGUACAGGUUCCUAAGUGUUUAACAAAGACAUUGUUACAAAACGAUUAUUUGGGUAACUCCAGUAAUCAUGAUGUUAUUGUGSUUAGUUUCAAAGCYGAAUGCAUGGACGAUAGUUCGGAACAUGUAGARUACAUUCACGGUCAGAACAUCACAUGGAAUGAAGGACGAAAUGUACUUUAUCGUAGAGCACAGGCAAGGAACCUUCCAUAUUUGUAUUAUCUCUUCUUAGAUGAUGACUUACARUUUGAUUACCAUCCCAAAUACGCAUCAACUGUGUUGAAAUCUAAGUCUCCUUUACGUAGCUUUGAAGCUUGGCUCUUAUCACAUGAACCUGCGAUUGGUGUUACAAACUACCAAGAGCACCAUAGUGCUGACAAAACCAUUCAAACWAUCAAGAAGAUUUGUACUGAUGCUAGGAUAACAUCAUCACCGCAAUAUAUUCCCAUAGUUCACUUUGAUGCUAGUUUCAACGCCUUUCAUCGUAAUGUAAUCCACUAUAUUCUACCAUACAUUACCACGUACGACAACGUAUGUUGGUGGCACAGCCAAAGGUUUGUCAUUGCUGCUGCAGAGUUGAUGUUUCGUGGCCAUACGAUCAUGUUCACGCCUGUUGUGACAAAGAACCCAUUUCACGGUGAUUAUCCCAGGAACGAUCAAGAUAGCAACAAGGUGUGGUCAGCCAUGGUGCGAAAAAUGAUCAACAAUCGAGUUCCAAAAAAAUAUCACAGUCAAGAAUGGAUUCAAGAAUUUAUUAAGGAUCCUAAGGAACAUACUGAGACAUCACAAUCAUUGUGUAUGAAAUUACCAUCCCAUCAUCCGAUCAUCCCCUAUUCCCAUUUCACUUUGAAUGAAAAGAAAUGAGAAUCUCACGCAAAGUAUUAACUUAGCAUCAUGUAUCAUUGUAUAAGAUACCGGCGACACAUCUUUUGGAUCUGGGGGUCUAACGACCGUCAAAGACGGGAGUAUUAAAGGAGUCUCGACCUCUCCCAGAAAGUUUUAAAACAGGGUCUGAAUGGGGUUAACCGACU